AAGACCUGCCUGCUGUGCCGCUUCACCGACAACGAGUUCCACUCCUCGCACAUCUCCACCAUCGAGUCUGAAGAUGCAACAAAGAGGAGCAAAACUGUUAGGCUGUGCACCCGAGGGGGCUGAUGAGGACAGCUGAGAGGUUUGCUGGGCUGGGCCUCUUACAAAAUGAACAGAAUCACUGGUUCUCCUGGAAAGAAGGCGAUGGACCAGGAAAGAACGAGAAUUUCUUGAUUCCUUCCUAUGCCAGGUGUUGACUUUAAGAUGAAGACCAUAGAGGUAGAUGGCAUCAAGGUGCGGAUACAGAUUUGGGACACGGCGGGGCAGGAGAGAUAUCAGACCAUCACAAAGCAGUACUAUCGACGGGCCCAGGGAAUAUUUUUAGUCUACGACAUUAGCAGCGAGCGCUCUUACCAGCACAUCAUGAAGUGGGUCAGUGAUGUGGAUGAGUAUGCACCAGAAGGUGUCCAGAAGAUCCUUAUUGGGAAUAAGGCUGAUGAAGAGCAGAAACGGCAGGUGGGAAGAGAGCAAGGGCAGCAGCUGGCUAAGGAGUAUGGCAUGGACUUCUAUGAAACAAGUGCCUGCACCAACCUCAACAUUAAAGAGUCUUUCACACGUCUGACAGAGCUGGUGCUGCAGGCCCAUAGGAAGGAGCUGGAAGGCCUCCAGACACGUGCCAGCAAUGAGCUGGCAUUGGCAGAGCUGGAGGAGGAUGAGGGCAAACCUGAGGGCCCAGCGAACUCUUCGAAAACCUGCUGGUGCUGAGGGUCCUGCGUGGAGCACCCACACGAUCCCCCCUCCCUCAGGAAGCCAGAGGGCAGGCAGGGAGGCUGGGCUUUGCCCGGCCUCUCCUCUCAUUUGGGUGACCCUGUUGAAUACUAGUAGCUGCUAUUCCCCCCGCCUGGUCCUGAGAGCAGCGCUGCUGUCAUCUCUGAGCAGCCUCUGCCCCCAGCCCCUCCACCCUGGAGUGGUUCCUCCAGCCUAUUCCCCAGCUGCAGGCCUGCUGUGAGCCCCAAAUGUGCCAUGAGCACUGUCUCACCACUCCGAGCACCCUGGACGAUGGCCAAGUCUGGAGUCAAGGCCACUUUAAGGCUCCUUCUUUCUCAGUGCAUCUUGUCUCCUCUGCUUUUUUCUCUUCUUCCCACUUGUCUCUCCGUCCCCUUCCCCUCCAGUGUGUUUGUAUCACAGCCCCUCACACCCCUUUCCCUGUGUGUCUGCUGUGUGGCUGCUGGUGCAGCCUCUUUCUUUCCUUUCUCACUAACCCUGUCCAAGGGAGUGGCCUCAGGCUCGUGGGGAUGUUCCGUGCUUUGCUCCGGGGAGAAGCCCUGCUGCUUUGUGGGUGGGCCAAAGGCUACGGGGUGCUUCUUCCUAUCCUCCUUUCCUCCCCAUCCCUUCUUGUGCCAUGGGUCUGCCUCCCCAGUGACCUGGGGAAGCGGAACGUCAAGGUAGGAAGGAAACACCAAACUGGUGGUCCUCAAGCGGGGCCUGUCCUACCUCUCCCUGCCCGCCCCCAGCUUUGGCCUUGCUUGGCUGCCUGCCCACCUGCCUCUUGGGGGAACUGAGGUUGGAGGCAGGUACUUCAGAGAAGGAAAAAAGUGAUGAGGGGUGGCAGGGUUAAAAAGUCACCUCCAUUCUCUACCUCCCAUGCAGCGUGUACACAGUUUCUCUCCACCUGGGCUCCUGAACAUAAAGAUGGAGACCAGGGCCUGAGGGCACUGCAGGGGCAAGGAGACCCCUGGGGCCAUGAUACUGACAAGCCAACCAGGCACUCCAGAAAGGCGAGUGCUUGGAAAUGAAGGGCGAGCUCCUAUAUAUCGGGUUAAGAGCAAGGGAUUGCAGACCAGGGAUGGCAGUUUGCAAACCAGAGGGAACAGGGCAGCAGCAGGGCUUCCUGGGCCCCAUCUUCCAUUUCUUGUGGAAACCCCACAACUUUCUGGCUGGUCAGAGGUGACAUGACCACGUUGGUGGUCUGUCACUGAACCCAGCCUUCAGCUCUCAUGGUUUUCCUGAGACCCAAAGUUUGUGGAGAAGGACUUCAUGGGAAGGAAGAAAGAAGGCCCCAGGUAGAAAUGCUUGGUGCUGUUCUCUUCAGCCUUCACGACAAAGUGCUCCUCUUGCCCCCCUGGCUCCCAGGGAUGAGGCUUGAGGGUGUGCCAGCUGCACUGUGGCUACAGGUGGAGGGAAGCGGACUCCCUCCUCCAGAGCUCUUUGUUCAGGAAGAAGUUUCUUUAACCCCAUGUGGCCCAAGAGUGGCUUGAAGGAGGCCCUUUAAGGAAGGAACAAGUCAGGUACCAGCCUUAGUAGGGUUCCUCCCUACCUUCCCAAGAUGGAGAAGCCCAGGUAGGAGGAUCAUCCUUAAACCACACAUUAGCCGCACUGCAGGGCUGGGGCUGGAGCUAAAACAAAGAACUGGGCUGUGAACAUUCACCAACGAAGGACCAAAACCCAGAGCUCACUGAUUAACCAAGGGCUUAAUCUGUGAAAGAUUAAGAGCCCCACUUCCUUACUUCUCCAAAAAGGGGGUGGGGGAUGAAAUCACCAAACCUUUCCUCCUGGCUCUUAUGAAACCAGAAGAGCAGGAGAGGGUAUCUCAGGGUGUAGGAACGGGGGAUGGGUUAGCACAGUGGAAGGAAAAGGAGGGCAGGAGUAGUUAGAAAUCAUUGGCUAAUGAGAGACUUCGAGAGCUUUUUAGGAUGCCAUCAUGACUAAGGCUGGCGUUGCUUCCUUGAGGACUGACUCCUCAGGUGUCAGGACAUGCAGCAUCAGACUGAGGGGAGGGUAGUGAUACCAACCCUUGGUGUGCCCUCAGCCAGGGACUUGAGUCAGGGGAAGUUCUAUUGGGCAUUAGCGCCAACCUGUGGAUCAGUAUUGCAGCUUUCCCUGGAGAUCAGGCAGAGCACCAUUGCCUUCUCUCCUAGCCCCCUCGGGAAAGAGGGACUCGACUUUUGCUGUAUCCUAAGGGUUCAGGAAGGGAAAACAUGGGGUCGGGACUCUGGCUUGAGUAGCCCCAUCCACAACGGCCACAGCUGGGGAUAGAGACGGGAGCAGGAGGAGGGUUGGGAUUUGCGGAGCAGCUCUGCUCACCAGGUACCAGAGUCGGCCUCACCCCUAAACUUCCCCAGUCCAGGAGGUGGCCUGGGACCUGGCAUUCAGCCCAGCCUGUUGAGCAGGGAGUGCCUGUUUCCUCCUUGCCACCUCCUCACCUGCUGUCUUGAGACUCAGCCCCAGGCCGUCCACCUGCUCCUGAGCCCCCACCAUCUCCCUAUGACGGGUGAACUUUGUGUACUGUGUCUCGGGUCCAGUAUAUGAAUUGUUAGCAGGGUUCAUCUAUUUUAAACACAGAUGUUUACAAAAUAAAGAAUAUUUCAAACCACA